GAGAAUGGUGCACCUCAGUGCUCACAGGUGCGUGAUAUUAUCCAACUCGGAUUUUGUACUCUUGCAACUUUAACCGAGGUACGCGGUUGACAAGGUUGCAUGCACAAAGUUGAAGGUGUUUCCUCUGCAGUUAAACUCUACAAAUGGCUUGGAUUAUUCACCCGCAUCUGCACGGGACUGGCGCCGCUCUGAUUCUGCUCGCAGUGAUUCUGACAGGUGAUGUGAUUGCACAGGUUUUUGACAGCUAUGGAUUAUCAUACGCUUUGAGGGCUGAGCUGUCAGAAGACACGAUACUGGUUGCCAAUAAUGGGAUACGCGUGCCUUUCGGGAGAUCAGUCUUCAUUGAUCCCAUCAACGAUUUGGUUAUCCAAGUUCAGCCCGGUGAUAGAUGCAGCAUAACAGUCCUAGACAACGAUCCUUUGUCUCAAAGGCCUGGACACCUGUCUCCGAAAAAGUUUCCGUGUGAAUUUGGUCCCAAUGACGUGAAGUAUUCUCACUUUGGAUCUCGGAGUCCCCCGAAGGAUAGAGUGAGGUUACAACUCAGGUACGACACGCAAACGGAUACAAUUAUAAUACCUUUUAUGAUGGAGGUGGAGGUUAUUUUUACGCAGCUGGAGGUGCUGACGAAAAACAUGCCGCUCACUGUUGAAAAACUGCUCGGCACAAGUAAUCCCAUCGAUAAGAAAAUUUUAGAAUUCACCUAUGAUAGAAGUGCGCAUCAGUGCAAAAUAGCUUCCCUCUCCAGUGGCAAUGUGCUGCCCAGGUAUGGAAAACUUGUGGAUGAAGAGAGCCUCGGAACAAUGGUGGACUGUGAUGAGUUUAUUAAAAUGAACACCCGUUAUCAGCACACUUUCGCUUUGAAGUCACCUAACAGAGAUUACAUUCCGAUGGUUGUGGAAUUACAUGAUAAAGAAGGCAAUUUGCUCAAGCAGGAAUUUUUCCAGAUUCUGGUCAGAAUCAAAGAGGGAGAAGACAACAUACCUCCUAAACCCAGCUUUGUUGCCAUGAUGAUGAUGGAAGUAGAUCAGUUUGUAAUGACAGCAAUAACCACGGAUAUGCUGGCUGCAGAGGAUGUUGAGUCUAAUCCCGAUGAAUUAAUCUUCAAUAUUACAUCUCCCCUGUCCUUUGAGGAAGGCUACAUAGUAAGCACUGAUGAUAGGAAUUUGCCAAUAACCUCAUUUUACCAAGGAGACCUCAAAGAGCUGAAAAUUGCCUACAAGCCCCCUGCUGUGGAUUCGGACACUGAGAGGAUUUUUCAGAUUGAGUUUGAGGUUGUGGAUGGAGAGGGAGCUGUGUCAGAUCCUUUUGCUUUCAUGAUUGUUGUAAAGCCUAUGAACACGCUGGCCCCUGUGGUUACUAGGAAUACAGGACAAUUGCUGUAUGAGGGUCAGUCCAGGCCUCUGUCCAGUUCACAGAAUCUGGAAAUCAGUGAUGAGGAUAAUUUAGAGAAAGUCAAAAUGACUGUUAUUGAUGGCCUGAGGCAUGGUGAAUUGACUGUUCUGGGCUCCAGGAGGAAAUUUUUCACCCCAGCUGACCUUGAUGCUGGUGUAGUCAUUUAUCAACAUGAUGGCAGUGACACGUACAGUGACAAUAUUGUUUUCAGAAUGACAGAUGGCACAAAUGAGGUGGAGUUUCUGUUUCCUAUUACUGUUGUGCCAACAGACGACGAGCCUCCCAUUAUAAAUGCCAACACUGGUUUGGUUUUAUUCAAAAACCAAAUGAUGCCUAUCACCUCUCUUAUGCUCAGUGCAGCAGACAUCGACUCAGAGGAUUCCACAAUUAAAUUCACAAUCGAGCCUCCUUUUUCCACACUGGGACAGGUGAUGCUGCGUCAGUCUGAGGCCCCAGAAGACCCAUCAACCUGGAAGUUUAAUACAGAGGACGAAAUGUAUGAGAAAGUAGUGACUGAAUGGCUGCAGCAGGAUAUUACUGAUGGCAAACUGUUUUACAAGCACAUUGGACCUCACAGUACCAGCACAAUCAUGGAUCAGUUUGUGUUUACCGUUCAAGAUGACAAUGACCCACCUAAUCAAUCAGGUCAAGGCUCAUUUGUCAUCAAAAUUCUCCCUGUUGACGACCUUCCACCUGAACUGUACCCUGGGGCGACGCUGCAAAUGACUGUGCAUGAGUAUCAGCUUACUUACUUCCGAAAGAAAUUCCUCCGUUACACUGACCUCGAUUCAGACGAUCGUGAUCUCAAAUAUACAGUCGUGCAGCCACCGACAGACACAGAUGAGAACAGCCCUGUUGUACUGGGAGCUUUGGUAUUGACUGAAAAUCCAAACACCGAAGUCACAACUUUCACUCAGGCUCAAAUCAAUCACCACAAAAUAGCUUACAAACCACCUGAUCUUGAGCUUGGAAUUACCACUCAUGUUUUGCAGUUUAGAUACACUGUUGAGGAUGUUUCUGGGAAUACUGUAGAAGGGGUUUUCACUAUAUUUUUAAAGCCUGUGGACAACAAGCCGCCUCAAAUAAAGAACUCUGGAUUUACUGUGCUUGAGCGUGGCAGACAUAUCCUUACGAGUGCUGAGCUGGACACCUCUGACACAGACACGGAAAACAAAAAGAUAACCUUCACUUUAACUCAGCCACCGCUGCAUGGUCAGGUCCAGUUUACAUUCACUGAUAUGACCAAAGGAAAUGCUUUCACUCUAGAGGAUAUUGCAAAUGCCCUAAUUUCAUACAUUCAUAAUGGAGAUGAAUCAACAGUGGAUUCCAUACAAAUAGAUGUCAGCGAUGGGGUGCACAUAGUCCCGAUUACUAUAAAGAUCAAUGUGAAGCCAAUUGAUGAUGAGGCUCCAACUAUAAGUCUUCCUGCUGGCACAAUUGGCUCCUACAUAGAUGUACUGGAAAAUGGAGCAACAGAAAUCACGAGUAAUGUCAUUCAAGGAAGAGAUGAGGACACAGAUGACCUCAGAUUAACCUUCAUAGUUGAAGACCCGCCGUCAUUGGGUGAAAUCCUGGUUAGAGGUGUUUCAUCAGGCACAUUCACCCAAGCUGAUAUUAUUAAUGGCUUUGUGGUCUAUGCUCACACAAGUGGGGAGAUAGGCUCGAGCACCAAGGAGGACUUUUUCAAUCUCACUUUGACAGACAUGUCUGAUGAGUGGACUGUGGGAGGAAAUAAGAUCACAGGUGUCAGAGUGCAUGUCACAAUUCUUCCUCUGGACAGCCAGGCUCCAGAGGUCUUUGUGGGGCCGCAGUUCACUGUUGUUGAGGGAGAGAAGAAUGUCAUUCAGAUUCUCCACAUAAGCGCAGAUGAUGUCGACACCCCCAGCGAUGACCUUCUAUGUACAAUCAUCGUACAGCCGACUUCAGGGUAUGUGGAAAAUAUUUCCCCAGCCCCAGGCUCAGAGAAAUCCAGGUCUGGAACAGCUAUUAGUGCUUUCACCAUCAAGGACAUCAAACAGAAUCACAUUUAUUAUGUUCAAAGCAUUCACAAAGGAGUCGAGCCAGUAGAAGACAGGUUUACAUUCAGAUGCUCUGAUGGCAUCAAUUUCUCUGAAAGGCACUUUUUCCCCAUCUCCAUAAUCCCCUCUAAUGAUGAAAAGCCAGAGAUUUACAUGAGAGAGUUUGUGGUUAUGGAGGGCAUGAACAUAGUUAUUGACACUCCCAUUCUGAAUGGUGCUGAUGCUGAUCUCCCCUCUGAUCAUCUGACAUUCAUCAUCACCAAACCCCCCAAGCAUGGAUUUAUUCUCAAUCAGCUCACUACUGGCACCGUCCCCGUGUCUAACUUUACCUUGGAUCAGAUCAGGGAGGCCUCCAGCUACGUGUAUGAGCACGAUGACUCAGAGACCACAGAGGACAGCUUUGAUAUUGUUCUUACAGAUGGAAAGUUCGUUGCGGAGAAAACAGUCAUUGUUAUGAUUAUCCCUGUGGACGACGAAACCCCAAGGAUGGCAAUCAAUGAUGGCCUUGAAAUAGAGAUAGGUGAUGUGAAAGUCAUUAACAGCGAUGUUUUAAAAGCUACUGAUCUGGACUCUGAGGAUAGCACGCUAACAUAUAUAAUUCGAUACGGACCCGGUCAAGGGUAUUUGCAAAGAGCGACGCCUUCGGGGACGUUGCAAAAUAUCACAGUUGGAAUGAAUAUUACACAAAACGAGGUGGAUCAGGGUCUGAUUGUGUACAUCCACAAUGGACAAGAGGGAAUUCGAGACCUCAUCAAGUUUGAUGUGACUGAUGGCAUCAACCCUUUGAUUGACAGAUACUUCUAUGUUACAAUCGGCAGCAUAGACAUGGUUUUCCCUGAUGUGGUCAGUAAAGGUGUAUCUCUUAAAGAGGGUGGCAGGGUUACUUUGACAACAGACCUCCUCAGUACCAGUGACCUCAACAGCCCAGAUGAACACUUAGUUUUCACAAUCACCCGAGCGCCAGUGAGAGGACACCUGGAGUGCACAGACACACCUGGGAUGCCCAUCUCAUCCUUUACACAGCUCCAGCUGGCUGGCAACAAAAUCUACUACAUUCACACAUCAGACGAUGAAGUGAAAAUGGAUAGCUUUGAAUUUGAAGUGACUGAUGGCUAUAAUCCCGUGUUCCGCACUUUCCGCAUCUCCAUCGCUGAUGUGGAUAAUAAAAAGCCUGUACUGACGGUACACAGUCUGGCAGCGACUGAGGGAGAAAACAAACUCAUCACACCUUUCGAGCUAACAGUUGAAGACAGGGACACCGUUGACCGUCUCUUGAAAUUCACAGUCACUCAGAUUCCAGUUCAUGGUCGCCUGCUCUUUAACAACACCCGGCCUGUCACCUCAUUCACAAAGCAGGACUUGAAUGAGAACUUGAUCAGCUACAGGCACGAUGGCACAGAGAGUACAGAGGACAGUUUCUCCUUCACUGUCACCGAUGGCACUCACACAGACUUCUAUGUCUUCCCCGAUACUGUAUUUGAGACCCGAAAGCCUCAAAUGAUAAAGAUUACCAUCCUCUCCGUGGAUAAUGGUGUACCACAGGUUCUGGUUAAUAAAGGUGCCCCAACACUGCGGGUUCUGGAGACAGGCCACUUGGGCUUUGUGAUCACUAGUAAGACCCUGAAAGCAGAGGACAGAGACAGCAUUCAGAACUCUGUGACCUUUAGGAUUACUGUAGCCCCAGAACAUGGCUACCUUAUCAACCAUGCCAGAGGAAAUGCAACUAUCAACAGCUUCACGCAAGCUGAAAUUGAUGACAUGAGCAUAUGCUAUAUUCUGAGGGAUGGGGACAACGCGACAAACGACAUCUUUCAUUUCUCCAUUGAGGACAGCGGCGGCAACAAACUGAAGAACCAACAGUUCCGUCUGAACUGGGCUUGGAUCUCCUUAGAGAAACAACACUACGUGGUGAACGAGGAGGCCAAGUUCCUGGAGGUGGUGCUGAAGAAGAGGGGCUACCUGGGAGAGACAUCAUUCAUCAAGUCGACAGUGUUUAUACCCUCCGCCGUCUACAACAUAGAGGAAGACAUAGGUGAGCUGCUUAUCCCUGUACGCAGAAGCGGGGAUGUCAGCCAGGAGCUCAUGGUCAUAUGUUACACCCAGCAAGUUUCUGCAACAGGCACCAUCCCCACCACCGUGCUGUCCUACUCCGAUUACAUCUCCAGGCCUGAGGACCAUCACAGCAUCCUGCGCUUUGACAAGGGAGAGAUAGAAAAAUCCUGCCGCAUUGUCAUCAUCGACGACUCCCUGUACGAAGACGAGGAGAGCUUCAAUGUCACCCUCAGCAUGCCCAUGGGGGGCUGUCUGGGCUCUGAGUUUCCCACGGCGAGAAUCACAAUAAUUCCUGAUAUGGAUGAUGAUCCCGUCUUCUACUUUGGCAACACAGGCUACCACGUGGAUGAGAGUGACGGCUACGUGGAGGCGCAGGUGUGGAGGACAGGGACUGAUCUUUCCAAAGGAGGAACUGUCACAGUGCGCUCCAGAAAGACAGAUCCCGUCUCAGCUGAAGCUGGUGUGGAUUACGUGGGGAUCAGCAGGAAUCUAGACUUUGCACCAGGGGUCACCAUGCAGACAGUUCGCGUGACAAUCCUGGAUGAUCUGGGUCAGCCAGUGCUGGAAGGGCCAGAGAAGUUUGAACUGGUACUACGGAUGCCAAUGAAUGGGAUCCUCGGGGAGCCAAGCAAGACUGCUAUCAUCAUCAACGACUCCGUUUCUGACUUGCCAAAGGUGCAGUUCCGUGAAGCUACGUAUGUGGGCAAUGAGAACUUGGGGCAGAUCUCAGCCACUGUAUACCGUAGCGGUGAUAUCAGUUACAAGUCCACAGUACGCUGUUACAGCAGACAGGGAACAGCACAGGUCAUGAUGGACUUCAAUGAGAGGCCUAACACAGACGCUUCUAUCAUCACCUUCUUACCAGGAGAAAUUGAAAAACCGUGUUUACUGGUUUUGGUUGAUGACACUGAACACGAAGAAGAGGAAGAGCUCCGUCUUGUUUUGGGAAGCCCUAAGAGUGACUCUCCAUUUGGAGCAUCCAUUGGAGAGCAAAAUGAAACACUGAUCAAGAUAAAAGAUGAUGGCGACAAGGCAAUUAUUAGUUUUGGAGAGACCAAAUUCAGUGUGACUGAGCCCAAGGAAAGUGGCCAAGUGUCUGUAGUAAGGAUCCCAGUGCUGCGUGCUGGAGACACAUCCAAGGUCUCUGUUGUCCGAGUUCACACCAAAGAUGGAUCUGCUACCUCUGGGGAGGACUACCAUCCCAUAUCUGAGGAAAUUAUUUUCAAACAAGGUGACCGAGAGCAUUUUGUGGAGGUGGAGAUUUUAUAUGAUGGUGUAAGAGAAAUGAGGGAGGCGUUCACCGUGCAUCUGAAGCCUGACGAGAACAUGGUGGCAGAGACAAAGAUGAGUAAAGCCAUCAUUUAUAUUGAGGAGACCAACAGCAUGGCAGAUGUGACAUUCCCCUCAGUGCCCAGAGUGGUGUCGCUGCUGCAUUACGAUGACCCCGAUGGAACCAGGGGCUCUCUGCCUGUGGCCGGAUACCCAGUCAUUUGUGUCACUGCUUGUAAUCCUAAGUACCUAGACUAUGACAAAACAGGCUCCAUCUGCGUUAGCGAGAACAUCAACAAUACCCUAACUCGGUAUCGUUGGCUCGUCAGCGCCCCCACUGGUCCAGACGGCGUUACCAGCCCGAUGAGGGAAGUUGACUUUGACACCUUCUUCACCUCGUCUAAAAUGAUAACUCUGGAUUCAGUCUAUUUCCAGGCUGGUUCUAGGGUUCAGUGUGCAGCAAGAGCUGUGAACUCUAAUGGAGAUGAAGGUCUAGAACUCACUAGCCCCAUAGUAUCCAUCAGCACGGACGAGGGGAUGUGCCAGCCCCGUGUUGCAGGCACAGUGGGGGCCGAGCCCUUCUCUGCUAAGCUGCGAUACAGUGGAGCAGAAGACACAGACCACCCCAAUCUUAUCAAACUAACUGUCACCAUGCCUCACAUUGAUGGUAUGUUGCCUGUAGUAUCUACACGGCCUCUGUCAAACUUUGAGCUGACGCUUAGCCCCGACGGUACCCGUGUUGGGCACCAUCGCUGCUCCAACUUGCUGGACUACACUGAAGUUAAGACUCGCUAUGGCUUCCUCUCUGAUGCCACCAAAAAUCCAGAAGUAAUUGGCGAGACUGCACCUUACCAGUACAGCACUUCCCUCAGGGGAUCCAGCACACUACGAUUCUACAGAAACCUUAACUUGGAGGCUUGUUUGUGGGAAUUCACAAGCUACUAUGACAUGUCUGAGCUGCUCAGCGACUGUGGAGGCACCAUCGGAACUGACGGACAGGUGCUUAAUCUGGUCCAGUCCUUUGUGACCCUACGAGUCCCAUUACAUGUGUCAUAUGUCUUUCACUCCCCCGUGGGAGCGGGAGGAUGGCAGCACUUUGACUUACAGUCAGAGCUGAGGCUAACGUUUGUGUACGACACUGCCAUCUUAUGGAGAGAUGGAAUCGGUAGCCCGCCAGAAGCUGAACUACAAGGUGCCCUUUACCCAACCAGCAUGCGUAUAAAUAGUCAAGGACAACUAGUUGUCAACUUCCGCACAGAAGCUCGAUUCAGAGGCCUGUUUGUGUUUUCACAUCCAGCGUCACUACUCACCUCCAUGGUUAUGUGUCCUGAACACCCUGGUUUAACCUUUAACCUUAGCCUUGUCAGGACUGAGCCAACUUACAGCCAGCCUAUCCAGCAGUGGAUAUUCAUCUCUGAUUUUGCUGUGCGUGACUACUCUGGCAUGUACACAGUGAAGCUCCUCCCCUGUACGUCACCUCCCAGCCUGGAGUACGCAGUCCCUCCUGUCUGCAAUCCCAGAGAGCCUCUCACCUUUGACCUGGAUAUCCGCUUUCAGCAGGUUAGUGAUCCAGUGGCUGCUGAGUUCAGUCUGAACACACAGAUGAUCUUACUUUCUAAACGGACACUUUGGCUCUCAGACGGCUCCAUGGGCUUUGGACAGGAGAGUGACACUGCUUUCUCAGAGGGGGAUGCAGUUUAUGGGAGAGUGAUGGUGGACCCAGUACAGAACUUGGGCAGCUCCUUUAUUUGUAACAUAGAAAAAGUGUUCCUGUGCACUGGAGCAGACGGAUACGUCCCUAAAUAUAACCCGAGCAAUUUUGAGUUCGGCUGUCUGGCUGAUGCUCCAUCACUGCUUUACAGAUUCAAGAUCAUUGACAAGGCCCAGCCGGAGACACAGGCUCGGGUAUUUGGUGAUGUACCUUUUAAUGCCUUCCUGGCAGUGGAUGACCCCGGUGCUUUAGCACUGGUGAGACAACCUGGUUCAGAUGGUUUCAGAAUGGAUUCUACAGCUCUUUUCCAGGUGGCUGCAGGAAGAGAGUGGUACAUACACACCAUCUACACUGUCCGGUCCAAGGACAAUGCUAACCGUGGCAUAGGGAAGAGAAGCCUGGAGUACCACGUGAUGAGUCAGCACACUGAUUUGCUUCCGAAGAGUCAACAUCGCCUCAGAAGAUCAGCUAAUGACGUCCUAGAUAUAGUAGAGGACAUUGGUGUGAGUAACAAUCGUGGCACCAACAUCCUGCACAUCGCCCUGGACCGCAGUGGCCAACAGAGGACGAGCCCGGACAGGGAGAUCUUUACCAAAGGACACAUCCCUCGAGAGCUCAAAGAGAGGGACAGUGACGACAGCCUGGUUUUGAUGAUUGGUAUCUUUGUGGGGCUGCUACUUACCGUUCUCGUCAUCAUUGUGGUGGUGUUACUAGUUCGGUCCAAACAAGAGAAGAAAGAAGUGCCCAGGAACUCCAGCAGCGCAGAGCCCAUGAUGACACAAAACAUCAGUGACAACUCAGAAGUCUAACUGACAGACUGAAGAUCGAGAAAGUUAUUUUAUGUUGCAAGUGCCUCACAUUUACAUAAAAAAAACUGAAGAUUGCGUGUGAAACAACACAAACUACAAGAGCUUUGAUUCUAUUCAGAAAUCUACUUGAAAUAUUGCAUCACUCCUCAUGCUGGAGAGUGGUUUGGACACUAGGAAACGGACAGUGUUAGUAGCUGUUUUAAGGCACUUGUCGAGUUGUCACUUAUUAAUUGGCCUUUGAUGCCACUUGAUCCAAAAAGGUGUUAUUAAGUUUCCAAAGGUGCUACAGAAGAUGCCUCUUACCUUGAAUGGCGUUUGGUGUUUUGCUGAGUAGGUCUAGAGAGGCCGGAUAUUUUGCAUUUGCUGACACUGUCCACAGUACGCUUUCACUGGAAAAACCUGUCUGUUCUUACAGAGAAUGAUUCGAUUCUGUGUGUGCCUAAGAAGUCACAGGACUUUGCGGUUUUAUGAUGUAAAAUGUGCGUCCUGUGUGUUCCGUAAAACGCUCAAUUGAAAAUCAUCCAAGUGAAUAUAAUUUUCUUGUGCUUAUGUUCUUGCAUGCAAUUAAUUUUUGUACUUUACGAUUUUAAAAAAAGUCUCACUGCUGAUUUAAACUGGCUUGUGGCAAAUGUGUCUGAUCUACUGUACUUCCACAUGUUUGUAUUUUACAGUAUAUCCCAUAAGAAACUGUAUUUAUCUAAUGGUAAUUGUUCUUCUCUUAGUUAACAUAUGACACUGAAUCAGAUAGGGGAACUUAAACAGUUCUCUUAAAGGAUCCUGUGGUGUUACAGCAGCUUUCGGGAUAGCUGGUCUGCAGUGUACAGUGUAAUGUAGUAAUGGUUUCACAUCCACUAUUUCUAACAGGAACUACAUUCACAACUGGUACGCUUAAAUUCUACUGUAAGUGUUGCCUACUGUAGCUUUGUAGAGCUUGCUAAAUCCCUUUCUCAACAGGGCUACAUGUUGACUGUGCUUUUUUUAUGCUUUAUUUCACUUAAAGGGAAUGAAAUGUUUAAUCUGCAAUCAUUCUCUCUUUGAUUUUUUGAUAUUUUGGUUUUAAAUAUAUUUAUUUUCCAAGUAUUGUUCUGUUGACACAAAUCAAUCCUUUUCCGCCUUUGAUUUUGAUUCAUCAAAUCUUUUUUUCUCAAACGGUAUGACAUGCUUAUUAUUGUGAUAUUGCAGUAGAUAUUAACAGUUUGCAUUGAAAGAAAAAACGCUAAAAACUUUAUCCAUGUUGCCAUAAAAUCCGAUUACCUCAUACUGCUGUGUAUCCUAUAAUAAACAUCAACUUCAUAAUCACUUUAUAAAUGUCAAGUUCGUUUGCUUUUUUUAUUAUUAUUUUGAAAUUGAAAACAAUUCUAUGCAACCGGUGAUAAAAUACCUUGAUGAAAUGUUUAUCCACAGUAUGAGUUUUUUGUUUUUCAGUGCACAUUUUGCUUGCUAAUCUAGGUUUGACACUGUAUCAAUGUACUGUGCUUCUUUUACUAUACUCUAAUACGCUGAGUGCAUUUUUUAUGCACAUUGAUGUAUCUAUGUAUAUACACAUAUGUAUUACAUAUAAAUAUACCAUUUGGAUGUUUUGGGAACCGUUACUGUUAAAAGAUGCAUACUGUAUGUGCUGUAAGUAUUUGUAACAUAGACCAGGAAGACAACAUGGUCUGCAAAUAAAUAAUUUUUCAAGAAAAUAGCA